GGGAUACCGAUCCCGGUACUCACUGCUUUUCUCCCUCUGGUCCAGAGCGUGCGGCGCUUCGGAAUGACGUAGCCUACGCCAUCUUGGUACACCCGCUGGUAGCUCUGCCGCCAUAUUGGUGCUCGCAGCGAUCAUGCCGGGGCUGGCAGAGAAGGAGUCCGAGCUCUCGGAGCGGAUCGAGGCGUUUGUGGCCGGGCUGAAGCGUGGGGGAGAGCGGCCCAGCUCGGAGGACACGGCCCGGGAAACGGUGGGCCUUCUCCGAAGGAUAAUCGCGCAGAGCCGGUGGAGCAAUGCAGGGGAGGUGAUGGAGAUUAUUCGGCGAGAGGGGCGAAGGAUGAUUUCGGCUCAGCCCUCGGAGACCACGGUGGGGAACAUGGUGCGGCGCGUCCUGAAGCUCAUCCGUGAGGAGUACAGCAGGCUACGAGGAUGCAGCGAGGACACGGACCAGCAGGAGUCCCUCCACAAACUGGUCACUGCCGAGGGGCUCAGCGACGACUUCAACACCCCCUUCCCCCUGCUCAAGGCCAACGUGAUCGAGGCGGUCAAUGAGCUGCUCCUGGAGCUGGAGGGCACCACAGAUAACAUCAUCGCGCAGGCGAAGGAGCACAUUCACUCCAACGAGGUGAUCAUGACCAUUGGACGCUCACGCACCGUUCAGCUCUUUCUGGAGGAGGCUGCGCGGAAGCGGAAGUUCCACGUGAUCGUGGCGGAAUGUGCGCCUUUCUGCCAGGGUCAAGAGAUGGCGGUCAGUUUGUCCAGCGCCGGGAUUGAGACCACGGUGAUCACGGAUGCCGCCAUCUUUGCCGUGAUGUCUCGGGUGAAUAAGGUUAUAAUCGGCACGAAGACCAUUCUGGCCAACGGGUCGCUGCGCGCCGUGGCCGGGACCCACACGCUGGCAUUAGCCGCCAAGCACCACUCCACGCCUCUCAUAGUCUGCGCUCCGAUGUUCAAGCUCUCACCCCAGUUCCCCAACGAGGAGGAUUCGUUUCACAAGUUCGUGUCUCCGCAGGAGGUGCUGCCGUUCUCAGAAGGGGAAAUCCUGUCCCAGGUCAGCGCUCACUGCCCCAUCUUCGACCACGUGCCCCCGGAGCUGAUCACGCUGUUCAUUUCUAAUAUUGGGGGCAAUGCCCCCUCUUACAUCUACCGGCUGAUGAGCGAGCUGUACCACCCCGCCGACCACGAGCUGUGACCCCCCGACCGGCCACGAGCCGUACCACCCUGCCGACCACGACCUGUGACCCCCAGCCGGCCACCAGCCCCCCUCUGCUUGUGUUAAUAAAGGAUGUUUGGACCCCUGG